ACUAAAUAGUAGCUACUGUAGAUCUGCUGUAUUUCUAUGCAUAUUUGAGUUCAGUACCGAAACUAACACCAGGUUCAUUGAAGGCUCCAAAAUGUAUCAUUAUACUGUAGUGUAGUUGUCGUUUCAGUUCUCCUAACCUCUUUUCGAUUUGACAAACUAAAUAAAACGAGAAAAGAGGAACGAAAUUCGGUUACGGCACAUUAACAUAUGGUAAAUUUUAAAUUUGUUUCCUGUUUCAACCGCGUUUAUUUUCCAUACAGUUUUUGAUGGUAUAUUGUGCUCACUUAUAGUGGAGCAAGUAAACUGUCUGCUUUUUUCUUUCGUUUAGUGGCUCGUUAUUAUUUGGUUCGCCGCGUAUAUUUCCACCGGCAGACACUCUUAUAGUUCACACAACGCUCUUGUAGUAACUCAACAGUCCUUUCCUAACUGUUGAACUGAAUUUAUCCAAUAGAAUUGAGUCCAUUUCUCAGUUUAACGCUACAGUUUUAAUAGAUAUAAAAAAGAAGCGUGACAUUUUCCGUUUUUUUUAGAGAUUUAUUGCUAUGACGGAGAACUAUAAUCUGGGUCUUCGAAUAAUCUAAUUGUACUGAUUAAAUUGCUAAUUACACAGCAGCUAUCUUGCCAGAAGACAACCAAAAAAAGUUUUAUGAUUCGUGGAAACAACCAAGAAAUAAUGAACUCACACAAGCACUUGAAAAUGUCGAAUUUAAACAACUUUUCGGAAUCGGUGAACGAUGAGAUAUCGGCAAACAUGAGUUCGAAUCACUCUACUCACCGGAAGCCUCACUCAAGGCACCACCGACACUCGACUACUAGUAAACACCUCAGUCCGAAAGGUAUGAGGCACAAACCCACCAAAAGUGGUUCCUAUAGUUACAACAACCGUUCAAAAAACAGCAAUGACUCGAACAUGUGCGAUCCUGGAAAAGGUUCCCCACCCCCGAAGCUGCUCAAAAUGUCCCAUCAGCAUAGGAACUCCUACAACAACGACGAUGGAAUUGAUUCCACCGGAUCGUCCUCUCCAGGUGAUCAAGACAAUGGACAGAAGAUUUUCAGUCGUGGUAACUCUGCCGCAAGCUUGAGAUCCAUGAACAACUCGGACUGUUCGACAAGUCCAGAAAGCUUAUCGUGCAAAAAUGAUUCGAAUCGCAGAUACAGCAAGGGAUCCUCGGGGUCGACGUCAGGAAUAGGGUCGAUGUCUUCGGGAGCAUCCGACUCGUCCCCUAGUUCAUUUUUCUACGGCGACAAAGAGCGGGAGAGGUCGUAUGGCGAAAGUACAGAUCCAGGUUCGAACGGCAGCUCCCCGAUGCCAUCGGUUCAAUCCAACAGUCUCCAGGCAUCAUUUCAGUCCUCCUUAUCAACUGUGCAUGAGUUUAAAAACGAGGUUCAGCAUGAUGUCGGCCAUUCUCACUUCAAAGGCGACCAGAAAAAUCUGGGUCAGAUGCAGGCGCAUGAUAAGUCGUGUUUAGUCUGCGGCGACAAAGCUACAGGGUACCACUUUAACGCUUUAACGUGCGAGGGCUGCAAGGGCUUCUUCCGCCGCAAUUCACAGAAGCUAGAUGAGCUCAAGUGUUCCUUCAGCAGCAACUGCAAGAUCACCAAGGUCACCCGAAGACACUGUCAGUCCUGCAGGCUCAACAAGUGCUUCAAAGUCGGAAUGCUCACAGAAUGUAUAAUGACAGAGGAGCAGAAAGUGGUGCGCAAGAUGAAAAACACAGACAAGCACCAAGCUGCACAGCAAGAAGCGAACAAUGUCAACUAUGCCCCAAACACACUUCUAACAUCACCCUCCAUUUCAGCAGACAACAAGUAUUCGCCAAUGCUGAGUCCGUCUCAGCAUCGCUCCAGGUCCAACAGUGUGUCUGUGAGCGAUGGGGGGUUCAACAUGCAGCAGACUCAGGGGGGUUGCCAAUUGGGCAGUUAUAUGCCCCCCAACCAAGAACAGCUGGCUUUGAUGGAGGAACUGAGCAUAGAGUAUCAUAAUCUGUACAGCAAGAGAGCCACUGUUGAAGACGUUAUCAGCAAUGUGCCAGCUCGGCCGAAAACCAUGGAUUCUCCUUCCCCAUUUGUUGGCGCCCAUGAUUCAAUGGCAAACCCCGGAAUGAAUCCAGACUCAAAUCAUCAGAAUUUCUCGAUGUUUGGACACCAGCAACAGAACAGCAUGUGCACUUCUCCGAACAUAGAACAACCUUUGACCAUCAUAAACCCCCCUCAGCAACCCCUGCCCCUCUCGCCAGACGACAACUAUCCAAACAACCCCAACCACCAACAAAACAUAUCUGCAUCAAACCAUCAUAAUCUCCUGAUGCCAGCGCCGCCAACACGCCCGCAAACGCAACAGACGCCAGAUAACAUGCAACCACACCACAGUAGUCAUCAGCAGAAUCAAGGUGUGUCGGCACCGCCCGCGAGAAAGAUGGGACUGGGAGGCGACCCUGGUCUGGUUCCGGAGGCGGAGUUGUCGAAGAUGUGCAAGUAUCUGGCGGCCAUUACGUCUAAUAGACUGGAGAGGUGUGUCGCGUUCUGCCAGCGGAUGCCAGGGUUCCAACUGCUGUCCUUGUCAGACAAGAUGAGUUUGCUGAAGUCGGGUGCGUUCGAGAUCUUGCUGCUGCGGAGUAGUAUCUUCAUGGACUCUUCUAUGGACAAGAUCAAAGCGGGCUCCUUCACCCUCACCCCCGAGAUGUUGAUGCGCAUCCCCUACUUGCGCCCCUUCGUCUGUCCCUUUUUCCUCUUCAUAUCCAAGUUCAAAUCCCUCAACUGCGACCUCACGGAACUUCUAUUACUCAUCGGAGUCGUCCUAUUCUCUCCUGAUCGGCCAGGCGUGCAAAAUAAAGAAGCAAUUUCAAACAUCCAGCAAGUAUACGCCGAUACUCUUCAAGCUUACCUCUCCACUAAAUACUGCCAAGCAUUCCUGGAAAACCAGCAGAUGGAAAAUAGUCGCGCACUCUCCGAGUCAAUCGGACAAAACAUGCCCCUGAUCAAAAACGAAACCCCGAGUCCCAGAGUAACUUGUGGAGCUUCAACGAUCCUAGAAAGCGCCCUGGUUUCCCCAAAUGGGAAUUCAGCCAAUCAGAAUCAAGCGCCAAAAUUAUCCAAGCUGACGGCUGCGUUGAUAAGUCCAACAGGCGUUGCUAUGGGUACGGGAUCGUCGGGCAUCGCGGGACGAGCGCCUUCAGCGUCGGCUAUGAUGACACGAAGUCGAACUCGUCUCGGCUCACUGAUGAUGCAAGUGUGUUCCCUGAGAUCUGUCAACUUCGAGCACUCUCAAAGCAUUUUGAAGAUUGACGUCAAACGCAAAGAAGACAUCGGACCGUUUCUUAGAGAGAUGCUGGUCGCUUCGAACCCUGCGGCUAUUGAAUCUCCCGCAACCUCACUGGAAAACAGUGUAGUGAGCACUGGGAAUAAUCAAUACAAUGCGAAUGAAAAUGAACAAGUUACAGAAGAAGAUAACGUUACAUUGACUGUACUAUAAUAUAAACUUCACGUGAAGUUAAGACCAUGUUUCCUGGAAGCAAAAUCUGAAUAGCUUAGACAUUAAGAAACUUAGCAACCAAUCUGCUGAGAAGAUGAUCUGACUCCUGAAAAGAUCGAUUCAAAAUAAAUUUUAUCUAUAAAAAUUUAGUUUAUUGUUGAAUUAUACAAAUAAUAAGUUCCCUCAAAUCUAUAUUUGAUAAUUUCGUUGUGUUCAUUACUCUAUAUUUCCUCAAUUUGGGUUUUUAGUUUGCAAGUUAGUUGCCAUAUCAGUAAUUGAAGUUAGAAGUUGCUGAAGAAUGUCAUUAAGUGUUUCUGAGCAUAGUUAAUGUUCGUAUUUAUGUCGUAUUUUUAGGAAAAUUUUAAGGAAAACUUUCAGCAUUGCUCGCUUACUUUCAUUAUUUUUCUUUGC